AUGUCUACCUUUGUUCAAUCAAACGAAUUUGCUAUUCUUUGGGAAUUCUUAAAAAAUGAACCAGUAGGAGCUGAACGUACUAUAAACAAUGUAAAAGAUAAAUUGAAGAAUGGGAGUACACCAGUACAUGAACGUCUUUUUAGGAAAUUGUGUGGGAUAGAUAUCAAUAACUUAAUAUAUGACAAUACUUUAUCAAAUGCGGGGAUAAGGAGAUUAAGUAAAGAUGCUUUAAUAAAAAAUGUUUGUGCCGACUUUGCUAGAAGAAGAAACGAAUUUCAAGAAACAUAUAAACUUUCAGUAGCAGGAGAUUUGACCGUAGCUCAUAAUUACUGGGUUUCUGAAAACACACUUGUGGAAGUAAUAGCUCGUCUAAUCGAUGUAGCUAUAUAUCAAUUACCAAUUAAUAGCGAAGUUGAAAUGACAAGAAAUGAGCGCCAGAGUGUGGCUAGUAAGAAUCGUAAGGCCAAAUUAAAGAAUGGUGCAAGGGGAAAUCGACCAGAUUUUAUGAUUCAAGCAUUCCUAGGUCAAAAAUGGAAUGGGAUUAUAUACACUGAAAAUGAUCUACGAAAGAAUUAUAUUGCUUUUGGGGUUAAUAUUGCAGGUGAAAUCACAAAUUGUGAAAAAGAGGCGAAAUAUUAUCUUCCUGAUGCUGAAGCAAAAAUUCCCUUAAGAUCUGAGUCUGUUGAGGAGACAAAAGAAUUUAUUCACGUUUUAAUGGUUAUACGACAAAAUCGAACUACUAAUGACACUUUACAAAUACCUAUUCCACCGUCAAUUAAUGACUACUCUGAUGAGGAUGAUAGCAUUGGCUCCGUAAAUCUAGAGCAGACACAAUAUGCUAUUUCUCCCGAAGUUAAUUCUAAUAAUAUCUAUGAACAGAUAGCUGAUACAUCAGAUAACUCACCAAAUUCUGAUAUAUCACAAAGUGCCAUUUCUUCCGAAAUAAAUCCUACGGCCGAAAUUUCCCAAGAUAAUACAUCCACUUGUGAUUUAAUCGAGCAGAGCUUAGAGUUGAAUACUCAUCUUAAACUUCUGCUGAAUCGGGGCAAAUGCCCAUUAAUCACAAAAUUCCUUAUUAAUGCAACACAGAUUUACGAUGAAAUGGAACCGUAUACUCCUGAUACUAAGAGAGAGUGUUUGCGUAAGAAGAUUCAAAAGGCUAGAAAUAUUAAUCAAGCAAUGAUUGGUGUGACUGAAAACAAAGAAAAUUUGCCUAAUAAUUCUUCUGGCUCAAUUAAUUUAUCGAAAACUAAGGUAGAUACAUCGGUCUCAUCUCAAGCCUCCAAUUCAUCUAUUUCAGAGGAUUCAACAUCUACUUUACUUCAAAUUGGAAUGGUUGGUUCUAUUUAUCAAGAUACUUCAAUAUCAAUUCUCUCUACACAAACAUCAUUUGAAAUUAAAUAUAAACUUGAUUUUUAUCGAUUACUAAAUAAUCUCCAACUUUCGCCAUCACCACCAUCAUCAUCCACAUUAAUUCCACGUUUAAAACCACGUUCUAUACCAAUAUAUCUUAGUAUGAUUUUAGGUCGGGCUUUACUUGGUCCUCUCAUAACCGCUGCUGAUCUAAUGAAAUUGUCAUCUUAUAAUAGAUAUACACUCAAACAAAUUGUGGCAGUAAUCAUGCAAGAUAAAAAUUUUGGCUUUACAGCUGACUAUGUAUUUGGAAUAAUGAUUCUUACAGUUGCAUUGGUAUUAUCUUGCUUUAUGGGUUUAUAUCAAGAAAUGAAUAGAUCAAAUGAUUGGCGUGAAGGAUUAUUUUAUACCAGGAAAUUGUCAAUGAUCUCUCUGGUGGCAUCUUUCAAUGUAAUCCAUAAUACUACAUCUUAUUGCGCUUUACCAAGAACUUGGCUAUACUUGAUCAUGAAUGUGCUUACACAAUAUCUUUGUAUAUCAAGAGUUCAUCGACUUUACUCAGUUUCACCAGCAUUAACUGUAAACCUUGUGCUAAAUCUUCGGGGUACCUUUGUGUUUAUAGGAACUAUUUUAUAUUCAAUCGGAGGUGGUGAUAGGUCAAGUAAUUUAAAAAAAGUUGAUGAUGAAAUCGUUAUUAAUGAAUAUUUGAAAAACGAUUCAAGGAAAUCAGAAAUUAUAAAUUUAAAAAAAAGGAAAAAGUUGCCUAAUAAAUGGGUUAAUAGACUUAAAUGGUUUGAUAAACUUAGCCGGCUAUGGCAUGACAGGGAAACAAAUAAAUAUUGUAAUACAAAAUGUAUUUGUCAGGGAAACGUCUUGUCGGGAAACGUCCUGUCGGGGAAACGUCUUGUCGGGAAACGUCCUGUCGGGGAAACGGUUGUCGGGGAAACGUCUAG